AUACGUGUCCGUGCGUGUCCGUUUCGCGAACGGAAGGCGGUGACAAGUGGUGACAGGCGCACUGGCAGUUGUUGGCAGGCGCAAGCAAAUAACCUAGAAGCAACCGCCCUUCAGUCGAUUAUUCUGACGAAUUGAGAACGCGGAGGCACGGCGACGAUCGCAGGGCGAUUUGAGUUAAGCUUCGUUCCCCUGGUUCUUGUUCACCACGUCGAGUGGCCUAGUAAUCAGUCACGACGCCCCGGGGACCAGAAUUAGUUAGAUCGGCUAGCCGAGGAUUCCAGGAAAACCCCACAAUGAGUACAAACGGGAGAACUCAAAUGACAGCGGUGAACGACAAGAGGCCUGCACCACCACCGCCCCGUACGCAGCCAGAGUCUUCGCCUCAGCAUUUUGACCUAAUUAAAUACAUUUAUGCCUCUUGGAAUUCAGUGUCCAGAGAGCUGGAUACGUGUCACGAACAACCGAAAGGAGAUUCGUCGGAUUACAGGACAGGCGCUACUGUUACAUACUACCGGGAGCAUGAACCGAACCCAAAACUCAAAGACUUCGAGCCGUUCGAUCUGGAAGCCUGGUGGGGUCAGCGGUUCGUUCAGAGGUUCACGAGGAACAGAAGUUCCUAGUGCCGAACAUUGAUAAGAAGUUGAAUGGGAUUCCCAGUCGCUCCAUGGAAUGUUCUUGUUUAUUUAUGGAAGGAAUUUAAGCUAUAGGGAAUGCGGUCGCUACUUUUAUGGCGGAACUGGAAAAAAAAAUGUACGAAUCUAUUCCUUUUUCUAGACGCAAGUGCUUUUGACUUUGGGAUGCACGAUCCGUCUCCAAAGGUUUAGCUUCUUAGUAGCACCGUACAACCCUCUGCCAAGAAAACAGAAUCCGACUCUGAUCGAGAGACCUUGAACGUAAUGCAAAGUGAUUCGUAGUGCGAGGGAAGGUGGGGGUUUCUUUGUCGGUCUUUACAGGGAAUUUUGCAAGAUUUUUCAUAAUCGAUGGCUUAUCGUUGACUUCACUCGAAGGAUCAAGACACGGUUAUCGAUAAGGUACUAUCCAGUAAUGUUUUUAAUGACGAACAACAAUUGCAAAUGGCGUAUCUGUGGGAACUCCUUUCUUCUUCCCCGAUGUCACGGAGACCAUGGACCGUUGUCAUCUUGCCAGAGACUCGACGCAGCGAAAAUAAUCGGCGCUGCUUUCCAGAAAUCCAGGAUUUUCUCUGGGAUCGAAGAAGCAGCUGGCUCGUUCGAUCUCUUCGCCUCGGAGUUGAGCUACGGUGCGUUCGAGCGAGCGAAGAUUUAUCUUGAUGGCACGUUUCUCGCCGUUCGACAUCUGGCGUACAUAAAAUUGGGGUGAAAGGAGGAAAUGUAAAGGAGGCCAAUUCCAUCGCCCUGAGACCCUUAGGUUGUAAUAUUUAACUGCGGUUAGAAUAAAAGGAAGAAUUGAGAUUACACUAUUGGCCGAGUAAACGAAAAGUUUCAAGGAGUCAAUUAAAAGUUCGUGUACCGAGGUUUUUCAAAUUCAAAUAGACACUCUUUUAGCACCGGGAAUGACAUUCCUGACAGUUCGAAAGUAUGUCAAGAAUUAAUCUCAAAGCUUUGAAGCGGUUCAACGAUUUUAGCGUCGUAACGAGAUUGACGUCUCCGCUGCGUAGAUUAUAAGAAAUUUAUAGAGUCGUAAAUAUUCCAGGAACAGCUUAUAUGUGUUAACGAUGUUAAUACCAGGGCCUCUCAGCUUUUUACCGAGAAGUUAGAUUUCAGUGAAAAAUAGGAAUUCGAAGAAUAUCGUAGUUCUACAUUUUCCGAUCAUCACCGUAAGUGACACUUUUAUCAGCUUCGACCAGGUUCUUUUAUUAAUUAGGGGAGGCGGAAUAACGCAAAAAGAGGGAUCAAAGCUCAAAAGCGUCGCUUAUUGCGUUAGACACGACCCAUCUGAAAUUGAAUCUCCCAUUUUAACAUAUUCCCUGCGAGUCCUGCGACCCCUCCCGGAGAUAAAAUCUUCGCCUCGGAUAGAUCAUUUCAGUGUCGCAAUAAAUUUUAUAGCGGAGUACUCGUUUAGAGGAGAGCACGUUUUAUCCAAUUUUUCGAUUUACACUUCACGUUAAAUGAAAUAAAAUCGACGCUGGUAACAGUA